CAUGAUCGAAACUUUGCCAAAGGCAUCAUGACCGACUCCGAGUGUCGCUGUUAGCCCGAGAGUACAUACGACAAGGCUUGGUGAGAUGGGUUGGUUCUGGGGUUGGGGAGGGAAAAAUAAUCAAAAUGAUCCCGCAAAAUCACUGGACAACGAUUUAAAGCAAUUCCUGGACGAACAGCAACCGAGACCGUACGUCCCUGCGGAAGCACCAAAGGCUCCGGAGACACCAGCCCCUAAACCUCCCGAGCAAACACUUCCAGACACGAACAAGUCUUUCGAAGAUAGAGCUUUGCCGAAAGAGUCGCUUUUUCAAGAUGGACGUUACCGAGACCUUUGGAAAACCUACGUUCCCCAAAAUGAAAUGGCAGUAGCUACUACCACCCCAGUCGAAAGAGUCCUGGCGGCAAGGAAAGACAGAAGACAAACAAUCCAUAAAGCUGCGCUGGAAAACUGCGCCUUCGAGGAAGAAAUACAGCAGCAAUGCUUUAAAACGGGUGACUUGACCAAAAGACUCAAGGGCAGAAUGACUAUGUGUCACGAGGAAACGAAGGCUUUCAAUCGAUGCUACACACUGCAGGCCAAAUUUUUGCAAGCUUUGGGAUACAUGACGAGCUCAACAACUUCAGACGAGGACGAGGAGAAGAUCCAGAUGCAUGCUGAUAAGCUGUAUCACCGAAUGAUGGAUUACGAGGCAGAAGUCGAUGAAGCAAAGCGGGACAACCGACCGAUCCCACCUUUGUCGUCCCUCUUCAAUCCCAAACGACCGGCGCCAACUCUCGAGCAGAUGGCCUUGCCAAAACCGAUGGAGGAGAAAUUGAAGAAACCCCUAAGCGACUAUCCGCCUCAUGAACGGGAGUUGAUGGCUAGGGCUGCCUUGCAAGAAGCCAAGUUAACCGACUUGUAUGCUGAAGAUUUGUUCAAUUAUACUGUUACCAUGAAUGAGGAUCGAAAAGCUCGACAAGCCUGGUUAACGACGACGUUUGGUGAAGCCAUUGGCAAGUUCUUGAUUCCGGACCCCCCAAAGGACCCAUCCAUCAAGUCCUGGAGCAUCGACCAACUGGAAAGGGAUAUCUGGCAAGAGGAGAAGAAUGCUCCAGCAUCCACGAAGAAAGGGGUUUCAUCAGAGUCGCACCCAAAAUGAGGCCACACGUUACUCCCCUACACAACAUGUAACGGAUUAGUCGACCACUAUUGCUUUGACGACCCGCAGCAGAAUCAGACUCGUCCCGUACUCUGACAAGCACCUCAAAGUAAGGGAGAGGAGCAGUGACAGCCCCAAGGAGAUCAAAUGAUUGCUUGCCAUUCACGAUGGGCUCAGCUUCCGCAAAGCUGGGGCAUAGUCUUUGGGCGAGCAUGAAAUGCGACCUGCGAGACCUGAGGACUCUACCUGAUUUGAUAGAGUCUCAUGGGAUCAGAUGCGUCUCCCAAACCGUCGCGCAUUGGUACGGUGCUCGAGUACACAGAUCGUGCGUCUAGCGGGCAAUGAAGAUGGGCCAGCAGUUGCUACAAUCAUGGUGCCCCGACGACUUGCCUGAAUCUUAUGAUGAAAUCGCGAGAGGGUUCUUGCUGCGAGACAGCAGUUCGGACGUAGAAAAUUGCCGAUCAAGUGCAGCUCUACUGCUGAAUUAGAGCUACACGAAGCAAGGCCCCUCGAAAGGCAAUAUCAGACUGGCCUCCGGAGCAGAAUAUUGGCUACAUCCGCUUUUUGGUUACCUAGUUAGAUUGCGUUGAUUAGGCAGCGUGGUCUAUAACCGGGAACGGGCAUUGUUACACAAAGAUUAAAGGUGAAAAUGUACCGGGAAUGCACGAUCAAUCUUGCUCACCUGCUUGAACAGUC